GCAGUUUUGGGACAUCUCCGACCAAAGACAGAGGAACAAAAUGACGUCUUUGCCGCACUCUUCCUCUUCUCAGCGCUCUAUUCCUCUCAACAGCGGCCGAGGCGAGUCCAGUAGCGGCUCUGGUCUGCUGGGUCGGUCUUUCCACAGCAGAGACUACAUGAGCACGAGUCCCGCGGCGGGGGAAGACGAGCGAGAGGGCUCGGGGAGCCAGCUGGUGACUCCCGUCAUAGACGACAGCGAGGUGGAGGGAGAAGGAGGCCGCUACCUGAGCCACACCAGCCUGGAGAGCUUCGGGAAGAGACGGGCUCGCUCUGCAGCCAGCGUCCUGCAGGGGAAGGACGGAGAACUUGAGGAAGCUGAUGAUGAGGACUGGUUCGAUCUUCCCAACCCAAACAGGAGAAAGGAGCACCUCACAAGUGAUCUGCAGACGUUUAUUCAUCUUUUGAAAGGAAAUGUUGGCACUGGAUUGCUGGCCAUGCCACUGGCAGUCAAGAACGCUGGCUACAUUCUGGGUCCUAUAGGACUACUGGUGCUGGGCAUUAUUGCCACCCACUGCAUGCUGCUCCUUGUGAAGUGCUCCCAGCGACUCAGCAGACGACACAAUGUGGACUCUCUCAACUAUGCCGAGGUCAUGAAGUUCGCCAUCCUCGAACGAACCUCUCACCCUAUCCUGGGAACCAUUGGCUUGUAUGGUGUCAACAUAUUCCUGACGCUGACUCAGUUUGGCUUCUGUGCCAUCUAUUUCGUCUUCAUUGGAGACAGUCUCAGUCGAGUGGCACAAGGAGCAUUUGACUUUGAACUGUCCACCAAGGCAGGAAUAGCGAUCAUCCUACCACUAGUCAUAGUCUGUUGCUGGAUUCGAGAAUUGGAAGGUCUCACCAUGUUCUCUCUGGUGGCCAACAUCUGCAUCCUGUUCUCACUGGUGGUCAUUCUCUAUGAGAUGGUGUACCAGCUGUCGGUGGGGGAGGGGGACGAGGAGGCAGCCAUCAGGAGAAAGUCUCUCACUGCAUUCAAUUUAAAAUCGCUUCCACUCUACUUUGGCAGUGCCGUGUAUGCCUUUGAGGGGAUUGGAAUGGUGCUACCUCUGGAGAAUAAGAUGGAAAAGCCUCAUCAUUUCAAGAAGAUUGUCGUUCUGGGGAUGGUUGUUAUCGUAGCAACCUACAUAGUGUUUGGGUUGCUAGGAUAUCUGGUGUACGGCGAUGGUAUCUGUCCAUCCAUCACUCUUAAUCUCCAGAGCCCGGCUAGAGUUGCUGCCAACACGAUAUUCACCAUUGUAGUUCUCUACUAUGCCUACGCCAUCUUUGCCUCCUACAUGCUCCAGUUCUACGUCCCGAUGGACUUUCUCGAGAUUCCAUUCUUCAGACUCAUCCGUGCGGAGAGUUACAUCGACCGCCUCUUCUACUCUCAUCCCAGACUCCACACACCGGUCAAAUGGAUCCUCCGCACUGUCUUCAGAACCGUCAUCGUCUCUAUUACAGCUGGGUUGGCAGUGGUUAUUCCUGAUCUGGAUGGUCUUAUUACUCUCAUUGGAGCCGUUGCCAGUGCAGCACUGGCCUUCAUCUUCCCUCCUCUCCUCCAACUCCUCACAUUCUGGGAGGCCAAACCGCCGCUUCUCCACCUCCCCCACAUCGGCAUCUCCUUGCCCUGGGCCUUCACUGUGGCCAAAUGUAUAGCUAUCUUCACACUCGGUGUCCUGGGCUCAGUUACCGGCACCGUCUUCUCAAUCAUCAGCAUUGUCCAGUUCUUCGAGGAGAAACCCCACUGUCCAGCUUAGCAAUGGUGUUGUUGGUUGUUUUGUGUGACUGCAGCACCGUUUGAAUCAUGCACCUAUAAUGGACCCUGUACUAGCUACAUUCAUGUGUAAACCCUGAGUGACUGUUUUGAACACCGCAGAGACGGUUCAAGCUCCCAAAAUAGUUACGAUACCACACUUGCUUGGGUGUAAACACAAGGCAAGCACAGGUAGCUAUCAUAUUUUCUACAGUGGGUAUAUACAGGUG